AGGUUUCGCGGUUGCUGAUCCUCGGUUUAGCGACACCCAUACUCGACACGCAGCUUAAUGAAUCACUGAUGUUAGAUGGUUUUGACUUCAUUUAACCAAAAUCGCACUGAAUCGAUUUAAUAACCAUCACCUGGCGGAUGGACGUUUUUAUUUUGCACCAGUCCGUCGCCACCUCGUCACGCCAUCUUCCUUCAACUUUAUUGGAAAGCAUUCCUACACGAGCAUCCAUCCAUUCGUACAUACAGAAAUAUGGCCUUUGUUAAAAUCGUUCUUUGGUCAUGUCUGGGAGCUGUCCUCGGCUACUUUGCCAUCCAAGAGUUCACAGUGGUCACCGAAAGCUUUUUAAUACAGAAGCUUAUACCUGCUAAGAGGAAGGAUGUUUUCGACCUGCUGAUCAAUCCAGAUUAUAUCUUAAAGUUUCACCCCUUGUGGUAAGUUACUGGUAAUUAAGAAAAUAAAGCAUUAGAAAAAACGGUAAAAUUUCCGCACAGCCCCAUACUAUUGUAAAACAAAUCUGUUUUCCCAAUGGCAAUGUAUUGUUUUUGUCAUUGUUUUCUCUAUUCAAGAACUGAAUGCAUAAUAUAGUAUGGGGCUGUACGGAAAUUUUACCGAAAAAACUUUAAUUGUAAGUGUAUGGGCCACUUUGUUCACCUUUUUAACGAGAUAGAGGUGAGUUCGAUCCCCUGAACAGAUAUGAAAGAUUUGCAUCACAAGCGAAAUCACCACAGCGACAAAGAGUAGAGUACAAUCAACAGCGACAUUGGCGUUUUAAAAAUAAGAUAGCGACUUGCAGUGCAUUCGGGUAGAGGAAAUUGUGUUUUACAAUAUAGUAAAACUUAGUAAAAGUUAUCUUGACUCAACGCCAAGUUCUCAUAACUGAUUUACAAAGAAAUGUGAAGCAGCUAGAGAGGAGAAUCAACAAUUAAAUCUUGGGAGUUAAAGGGUUAAAGGACAAGAAUGCACUCUCUUAGAGACAUCCUUACUCACUACUGACUGAUGUUUCCACUCCUAGAGUGGAAGUUAUCUUCAGGGGAGAACUGGUGUCGUCUAAUGGAGAGAGGAUCUUGGAAAGCAGUCUGGAUCUGAUUGUUAACAGUUUUCUAUUAUUAAAAUUUAACCCUAUUACUCCCAAGAUCUCAUCAGUAAUUCUCCUUACUGUCUGCCAUACAAUUCUUAUGAUGUUAGUUUGGAAAAUUUUCUUUUGGAUCAACACACAAUACCCUGUUUGAUGUUUUCUUUAUACUCAUUACUUGUCUGCUUGGCAAAGUAUUGAUAUUGUAAGGAGAAAUUCUGUCUCAGUCACUCAUGGGAGUUGAAAGGGUUAAAACCAGAAUUCUGACUUCAAAGUUUUGCUAAAGAGGGAGAGCUCAGUCUUCCUCUGUCACAUCUUCAAAUACUCAGCACAUUUUUUUCUUCAAUUUCAGUGUUGGUAUCACCAAUGUUACAACAUCACAUGGAAGGGAUGGAAUGAAAACUGUUCAGUUUGUUGUUACUGAAAAAACAGCCAUUUCAUUGGGGUUUUUUGAAAUCAACCAAAACAUCACUUUUCCUGUGAAUAAGACAGCUAUAGAGGAGAAUGCAAUCAUUGAAAACAGAGCCUUACUGAUGGGUGGUUAUUUCACACUAAAACAGAGGUGGAAGAUGGCUGAUUAUACCAGUGGAAGUGGAGAUAAAAUUAGUUCAUUAGAGGAUCAUUUUCAGGUUACUUCCUUUCGUAUUUUGUUACGAUAUUCCAUGAAGGUAGCAUUUGGAGCACACAAUACCAUUACUGAAAAUAUCAUACAGCAUUUCUUAAAGGAAAGCAAGGAGUCAAAUGACAAGAGUGGCUGACAACUGAGAGCACUCUUUUAUAAGUGACAUUUGUUCAACAAAAUUCCAUGGUUUGCUUGAACACUUUCUUAUUUCACAAAUAUUUGAGAACCAACCUGCAUGAUCUCAUGACAUUAAUACAGGGGAUUCAAUAAUUUUUGCCAUGAGUGGCAGCUGAUAGUGUAAUAGGUGUAUUAUUUCUAAGUUGGUAGAGUUUAAAAUAAGAUAAAGAGUUUGUUUUUGCUGGUGAAGGUCUAUAUAAAAUAUAGACAAAAAUGCUAGAUUAUUUUUUCUUCCUCUU